AUGAUCACUGGGAUCAAAUCCCGCCCUCGUCGAACUCAAGCUACAACUCGACCGGCACCGUUCACUUCACAGCGAGCCAAAGACCUGGCUGCGGCUCUUGGUCACAUUCGAAAAACCUCAGGUGGCCAACAACCGCCGAUUGAAGCUAACAAUCCUGAUAACGAUCAAAGACUGGCCAAAUUCAUGCCGAUGGAUUAUCACCCAGAUGCCCUUCCAUCAUCUCCCCUUGAACCAACUGCUCUCGAUCUUUUUGCUCAACAAUGUCAAGGCUGGCAGCAUGCCGAAAAGCAGAAACAAUCACAAGCAAUCUGGGAUGGACUCGAAGCAUCAAUGACGGCAGCUUAUCUUUACUGCCAAAAUGGUAGCACUAACUGGACCCGACCAGAUACAUUAGACAUCAGUUGUGCGUGUACAAGAUCAGAACAAUCAACUCAACCUGUUGACUUGAUUGAUGUUCUUGGAACUGAAACCGCGAAUGAUGUGCGUAACUCGACAUCUUGGGACCGAUGUGAUGAUACCGGCCUGUUUGCUUGUGCUUGUUGCCACAAUGUACCAUUACAAUUUGUCAAUAUUUUUCGGUCAGGUGAAAAGCUACACUACCCGGUUGCCAUACUGGACAAAUUGCUUACAGAACUUCCAGAAAAGAAGUUAGGUGUACUCUACGAUAUUGGGUGUCACUUACAAGUUCAUGUCAACAAGCGUAACCUCCUUUCUCAACACAAAGGGCGGCUUCUGUAUGGAACCUCAGUUUUUCAUGCGUACGCCCAUCAAUGGUGGUGUCAAAUCUUUUUCAACCCUCGGUUCAUCAAAUUCUUUGGACUAUCUGAUGGAGAAGGGCUUGAAAGACAGAUUAUUUCAGUCAAAGAACCACUAAGGGAAGCGUCAAGUAGAGCGUUAACCGAGCUAGAAGGAUUUAUCAAUCCCGAUUAUCCAGAACGUUGGUACACUGCGGAGUUCUUCCAUGCCCAAUGGGUAUUAGAACGAGAAGCUCACAGCGUCAAAAAAGUCACUGAGCAUGAAAUGCAAUUGGAAUUGGCUUGCUUGCUUUGCUUGGAGGAGGAACUUGGCAACUUCUGGCAAACAGUCGGUAAUCAACUAGCUCCUGCACAAGCCCUUGUUCGACUUCAAACUCAACAAAAACUUGAAAAGUCGAUUGAAGAACAAAGGGCAAAGAUUGGUCGAUCCAAUUUGGUAGGAUUGACUGGUGAAAAGAGACCUCUGGAGGACAGUCGAGUCCCUGGCAAAAAAUCUAAGCUUGGCACCCACGGGAAAACUGCAUUGCUCGCAUCUCUGCGCAAACAUGCAGCUAAACUCUUCCAGGCUUGCAAGAUCUACAACACGCGCUGUUCCGAGUACCGGCAAUGUUUUCCUGAUCAACCCUUCUGCCCAGCCCCAAUUGUCUAUAACGACCUUCACAAGAUGGGAGCUGACAACGUCUUUUGGUCCGAUGGGCUUUUCACCAAUGCUACUGAACCGUGGGCCACUGAUCCACAUACGCAACGUGGAAUGCGCCAGCAGUGUUACUUUGAACGGGCUAAUGAGGAGAUUCGAAGGAUCGGGUGGGAGGUCCGGCGUUCAAUGAGAUGGGCCACCUCUUGCUACGAGAUAGCAGUUAAAACAUUAUUCUAUAAUAGUUUUCUUGUUCAUACUCACUUGAUGGAACUAUGGGAUAAAGAUGUAUUAAAAGCGUUUUUGCAAACUCCUCAUCAACUGAAUGACAACACGGUCUUAUCAUCAUGGAAGCGUCAAUUGCAGGAUAUCAGAACGCUACGCAAGAAUGGCUUGCUUUCAAGAGUACUCGGUGAUUGGAAUGCAUUUUAUCAGAAUUAUGUGGAACAAGAAAUGGAAGACAUAGAAGAUAUUCCAGAUCUUAUUGAAGAUGAUGGGACUACUGAAAAUGAAAGUACUGAUUAUGAAGAAGACGAAUAUGAUGAAGAAGAUCAGUGGAUCAAAACUUUAGAUGAUGAAGUCUGA